AUUCACUUUGCGCCUGCUGUAAUCUGUCCAGGAAUUAAACGUAUAAUAGCCGCCUUAACCGACCUUACUACAUGAAUAAGUGCAGUUGUUGCCUUGAAUUUAAUAAUUUUUUUCUUUUCGUUUCAAUCACACCAUAGAAAGAACUUGAGCGGGAUAUUUUUUGUUAUAUUGUUACCAUUUGAAUCGGUUAGUUGGACAGUAGUUAGUAGUGGUCGUUUAUUUUAUUAAGAGUAUUCUAUCAAUAUCCUAUACAGGAAUACUAAUCAAGUGUAAUUAUGUGUACAAAACUGCUUGGCACUAAUGGGGACGAAAUAUUUAAACAAAUAUUUAAGGAGUUUAAUAAGACGGAAGACGAUCUACAAGAAUGUAUAAAUAUAAUGAGGGAGUGGGCGAAGACCCAACUUCAUUUCCCUGAAAUACCAAAUGAUAGAAUACUAAGGUUUGUAAUAUUAUACAACAAAUUUAGUAUAGAAACGUCAAAACAGAAACUAGAUAUGUACUACACCAUGAAAUCUCUAAUGCCAGAAGUCUAUAGUUUACACCCAUUAUCACCGGAUAUGAUAUUACAAAGUAAAAUAACUUAUUGUGUACCACUACCGAAAGUUACUAGUGAUUGCAAAAGAAUAAUUUAUUCUCAGUUAAAUCCAAAUUAUGGACCAGAAGUGUUCGUACAUGAAAAAUAUUUCAUCCACGUCCACCAUAUGAUGGAAGUUAUUGUACAAGAAGAUAAUUGUUUUAGCUUUCAUUUCAUUUUUGACUGUGCUGGUUUGAAAGCAGGACAUUUACCGAAGUUUAGUCCCAUGGUUUUGCGAAAGGCAUCAAUUCUGUUAGAAAAAGUUUAUUCCAACAGAGUGGCUUCGGUAUAUAUGAUAAAUUUCCAUCCAUUUAUGGAAACUCUUUUAAAUAAUAUUAUAUUACCAACUUUGAGUCCAAAAAUAAGAGAAAGGGUUCGUGUACAUAAAGGUACGAAUGUUCUUUUUGAAACUUUUGGUAAAUCAAGAAUGCCCAAAGAUGUAGGAGGAGAAGAAUUAUCUUUAGCCGAACUAAAUGAUUUACUCCUAAAAAAGUUCGAGCAGUACAAAGACAGAUUUAACAAAAUUCGUACAAUGCGCGUGGACGAAUCUCUAAGGCCGGAAAAGCUAGUAAAUGAUGAUAUUUUAGGUUACUAUGGAAAUUUUCGUAAAAUUGCUGUUGACUAAAGCUAUACACACACAGGUGCGAUCAAGGCCGCGAUCACGAUCACGAUCAGGGCAGCGAUAACAUGAGCGAUCAUUCUAGCACACACCAACGCGUUCACGUUCACCGCAGUACCUAUAUGUAGUGAGCUAUCCUGUAGGUAUACAUAGGUACGAAUUAAAAAUGUGAAUUAUGUAUACCGAAAAAAAAAUAUUCUUAAAUAUUUACCUACAAUAUUGAAACUUAAACAAUAAAAAUGUAUACAUAUGUACUAUCCAAUCCAAUUGUAACUUCAAUUUUGUCUGAAACUUUUUAUUUUUAAUUCUAUUAUUUUUGUAACUUGGAUCGGAUAAAUCAUACAGAAUUUUGUGUAUUUUUACAGCUUUAAUUAGCUGCUCUGUUAACUCCAUUUCUAAAUUUCAACAAGAAAAAACACACAAAAUAACGGAAAAUUCCUAUAAGUUGGGUCGCGAUCAAACUCGACAAGUUGAUUCUGAUCGCCACCGCAGAAUAGAACGCCGCGCCGCGCCGCACAGUGGUUCGAGGUAUAGGGAUAUAGCGGUCAUAAAUAGAAAAAAAUACUUUAAUAAGUAAUUUGUAGCCCAGCUGAUUUGUUUAUGGCGAAAAGAAAAAUAUCUAUAGAUUUUUCUAUAAUUUUAAUUGAAUUUUAGCAAAACUCCGGCGCCGGUCUCAUAAUGACUGCAAAAAUUAUUUUUUGUAAAACGUGUCACUUAAUAAUAUCGGUAAAGGUACACACCUGUAGAUUUACCGUUAUCGCUUAGUAAUGAUUUCUGGUGAACUCCAAAAAAUGUUUUUCUUACAUUAACAGCCCCACGUCCCCUCCUUUAAAGGGUGAACGUGGGGGAUGAAUUUUGGGAAAUGUUUGGAUUGGGUGAGCAAGUGAAAGGUGAAAGAGAUAAGUUUAUAAAUUCUUUAAAAAUCACUUCUUGUAUCACUAGCUGUUUGUUUAGACCUUUCUUAAUAAAAAAAUUGAAGUUCCCCCGUGAAAAAGUAAAAUAACAAGAUACUAAUUGAACAAUGGGAUCCAAAAAAUAUAUUAUAUGCGUGCAGACGAAGAAGUAUAAUUUAAUUAUGUUUGUAAAAAAGUUUUAUUUUGUAAAUCAAGUGAUUUCCAUACUUAAAAGAAACUUUAAACAAUACUAAAAUAGACCUGAAGUACCUAUAAAAUUAAAAAAAUAUAUAUAUUUCACAAAACAAAAAAACUAAACCACCAUUACAACUCUGAACGUAAAAGUAGAAAAUAAUAUUUAUGUAAGAAAAUAUAUUCUCAACCAACUCAGUAAUAUGUUCUAUAAAAGGAGUUCUUUGGCUUCAUCAUCCAGCUCUAAACAUUCACUUUUCUUCCACAUAUGCCGAAAUGCACCCAAAUAAGGGUUAGAGGAUAUCAGGAGACAAUUAAAAACAUCUUGAUUUGUGGCAUACCGUGAACAUAUUCGACUAUUGUCUUUUCUGAACAAACGUAACUUAAAAUUGUGUUGCGGUCUACUGAGAAACGCGCACUACUUCAAGUAAAUAUAUCGCAUGAAUAGGCAGAAUUCGGCAGACCAUUUUUUGUUUAUAAACAAAUACAUUUCUCAAACAAUAUUAUUUGCGAUAAAAUGAAACGUCGAUAAGCGUCGAUAGUAUUUUUUUGGUAUUUUGAAAACUAUAAAAAUGUGGAUAAAAACGAUGUUUAAAAAAACAUGAAAAAUUAAUACAUAAUAAUUUCAGAACUUUCUUAGUAAUAGUUCAAAAGUAGAGAAAACCUUUUCUUUAAAAUAUAAAAAAUAAUAAUCAUCUCGGGUUUUUUAAAGCCUCCAGGAAUAUUUAGAUUCUUAUUUGCUAUAACUAAGCGAAAAAGACAAUUAAAUGUGAUGGGUUUAAGAGAAAAAAAACAUGGUUACAAAUUUUAUUCAAAAAAUUUGUUGUUUUUUUUUAAACCAAUGCUACUACUAUUCAAAAAGUUUAAUGGUGUGUCAUAUAGUUUAAUUUUUCCGAAAUCACUUAUGGCCGCUCUUUAACAUAUGCAAGAGCCACUGUGCGCCGCUAGGCCGCUUCGUCUCAAAAACUCGAUCGCGCCAAUGUGAAACGGCUCAUACCAUAGACUUAAAAUAAAAUAUAGACUACACUAUUUACAUCUCAACGCAGUCAAACAAUCUUUUUUGUACACAUGUUUACUUCUGGGUACAGUCGACCGAGCCUUUCUCAUCCAGCCUAUGU